AUGGAAAUCACUAUUAUCCAAACUGCUCUUCUAAUACUUUUAUUGGGCAAUAUCAACUUCACUAAAGGAAAAGUUCUGUUAAGAGAAAAUGAAAUCGGUGCUUUGAAAAAUAUACGAAAUGACGGAAACUUUGAAGUCGAUAAGCUUGCAACUACAAGAGUUAAAAGACAAUUCAGCUAUCCUUAUGAUCCAUACGGGCGACGGCGGCCUAUACCAAUUAUUAUAGGAGGUGGAGGCAUAGGGUUUGGUAGAUUUGGAGGGGGAGGAUUUGGUGGCUUUGGAGGGGGAGGAUUUGGUGGCUUUGGAAGUCGCGGAUUUGGAGGUAGAGGUUUCGGAUUCGGGGGAAGAGGUUUCGGCGGAAGGGGGUUCGGAGGAAGAGGAUUUGGCGGAAGAGGCUUUGGAGGAAGGGGUUUUGGCGGAGGAAUAGGAGGUCGUGGCUUCGGAGGAUUUGGAGGUCGUGGAGGACGAGGGUGA